AUGCAGGGAAUAUGCAGUGAUCCAAUUCAUUUGAAGAUAUUUUCACCCCACGUGAUAACACUGACUUUGGUUGAUCUGCCCGGCAUUACCAAGGUACCAGUGGGAGAUCAACCUGACGACAUUGAGUUUCAAAUCAGAGACAUGUGUCUCAAAUACAUCAGCAACCUGCAUUCAAUUAUAUUGGCGGUUACUGCGGCAAACACUGACCUGGCUACCUCGGAGGCUCUCAAACUAGCCAAAGAAGUUGAUCCUGAUGGAAGGAGAACAUUGGCUGUUGUGACAAAGUUAGAUUUAAUGGAUCAUGGUACUGAUGCUGUUGAUGUUCUUUGUGGCAAAGUCAUUCCAGUCAAGUUGGGGAUCAUCGGUGUGGUCAACAGGAGUCAAGCUGACAUAAUAAAUCGGAAGGAUAUUCAAGAAGCAUUGAAAGAUGAAGCUUCUUUCCUACAGAAAAGGUACCCUUCACUGGCCGGCCGAAAUGGAACGCCCUACCUUGCUAAAACAUUGAAUAGGGCUAGUUAUACAUUUUUACUGAUGCAUCAUAUAAGGGAUUGUUUACCUGACUUGAAAACACGUGUCAACGUAAUGGCAGCUCAAUUCCAGCAACUCUUAAAUUCUUAUGGCGAUGAAGUACAAGACAAACCGCAAUUACUUCUGCAAAUUAUUACCAAGUUUGCAGCUGCUUAUUGUAACACCAUAGAAGGGACUGCCAAAAAUAUUGAAACAACUGAAUUAUGUGGUGGAGCAAGAAUUUGUUAUAUAUUUCAUGAAACAUUUGGUCGAACAUUAAAAUCAGUUGACCCUCUUGUUGGCCUCACACAGCUUGAGAUACUUACAGCCAUCCGAAAUGCUACUGGUCCCCGACCAGCAUUAUUUGUUCCAGAAGUUUCUUUUGAGUUGUUAGUUAAAAGACAGAUACGCAGAUUAGAAGAACCAGGUUUGAGGUGUGUUGAGUUAGUUCACGAGGAAUUGCAAAGAAUCAUUCAACACUGUGGCACACAGCAAGAAAUGUUGCGAUUUCCCAAGUUGCAUGAACGAAUCGUUGAUGUGAUAACAACAUUACUCAGGAGGAGAUUGCCAAUCACCAACCAAAUGGUGGAGAAUUUAGUCGCAAUUGAGUUGGCGUACAUCAACACCAAACAUCCUGAUUUUGAUGAAGCGAAAUUGAUUUAUCGGGGAAUGUCCGAAGAUUUGUCACUCGACGGCGAGUUGAAAUCAAAAAUAGUGGCCCAUCCUGCAAACAAACAGGUGUCACUCUCCAUUCCAGGGGAAGGUUCGCAUGAACCGACUGCUCCAAUAAACUUUGCUGCUUAUUCCAAGGCUAAGAUCGAUAUUUCUUCAGAAACGUUGUUGAACUCGUAUGCAAGUUCACAUGGCAACAGUCGUCAUGGAUCAGCGGCCCAAUCUCCAUCUCGGAAAGGAAUCAAUUUGUUGGACGAAGUUCCUUCAAUGCCCCUUGGCCGAAAGUUGCAUGCUCAUGAGCAGAGAGACUGUAACGUAAUUGAAAAACUGAUCAGAUCGUAUUUCUUGAUCGUGAGAAAAAAUAUUCAAGACAGUGUACCAAAGGCCAUUAUGCAUUUUCUCGUAAACUAUGUGAAAGACAAUCUACAAAGUGAGUUAGUUAGUCAUUUGUAUAAACAAGAAGAAAUUGAUAAAUUACUGGAAGAAUCUGAGCAAAUCGCAGCAAGAAGACGAGAAGCAGCUGAAACUUUGAAGGCUCUCCAGAAAGCAGGACAGAUAAUAAGUGAAAUUCGGGAGACCCAUCUCUGGUAAAUUUGGCAUACACUCUUUUUUAUAGGUGUUAACAACAUUUGUGAUUAAAAAUUUUAUUGAAAGUUUAGAAUAAAAUUUUUAUAUUGUGUAAUAAUAAUAGUUUAUCGUACAUUAAACAAACCUUUAAUUUAUUAAUUUCAAAAUGUAUUAAUGUAGAAAUAAAUGCUAAUUUGAAA